GACGAAACAGACAUUCCCGCGAAUAAGGUAUUAUAAAUCAUUAAAUGUAAUCAAAAGUGUUUACAGUUGUACGUUGAAUAAGUAUUUAGCGAUUUAGUUGAGGAUUUAGUUCAAUUAACAACAGAAUGGAGUUUGAUCAAAGGAUCAGUAAAAUGGACGCGUUGCUGUUUACUUUGUCGAUGGAAGUUGUUUUAUUGCAGUUGCGAAUUCUCGAAGGCUGCAGCGAACUGAGAGCUCAACAAUGGAAACCUUUAGGCGGUCACGAACGACAGAAACGAGAAAAACUCUUGCGAGACAGGUCGUCAGUUAAAGAAACAGUGCGACAAACUCUGAUUAGUGUUGCGGAGCGUGGUGACUGGCAAGUUUUGAGAGAAUCUAUAGAAAUUCUAAAACGAAGAGCCACAUCUGUGGUUACCAAAAGGAUCAACAAACAGCAACUGAAGAUGACUCUUAUGACCAUUAUCGAAGAAUUAAAGAUGAAAAGUUGUCAAUUUUCUGUCGAACUUCGUGAUGCAGAUCAAAUAAUCGCUACCUUACGCGAUCAAAGGAGUGAUGAAUAUUUGAACGCGAGCACACGCCUCUGCUACACUGAGAAAUGGUUGCAAGCUCGAGCUGAAUCAUUGGAACUAGAAUGUAAUAUAAAAAGAGAACCAUUACCACGUACUGAUCACGAGCAAAGGGUGCACGAUGAACUUUUGAAAGCGUAUUCGUUGCAGAUAGCGGAACGAGAGAAGUCUUUGGAAUAUUGGCAUUCUCGUUAUGCAGUAGACACAGCGACGAUCAACAGAAGACUCAAAGAGAAGGCUGACCAAUUUCGCUGUGUUAGCGCUCGACGAGCAGAAUUGCAAAAACUCUACGAUCUACAUGAAGGCGAGAUGCGAGCUUGGCUUACUUUUAAAAAAGAACGAGCGGCCCGACUUCUUCGUGAGAAACGUCUUCGAGAUUCAGCAACAAGAAUACAAGCAUGGUGGCGCGGAGUUAUGGUCCGUCGUGCACUCGGAGCCUUUCGCCAUUUAAGAAAUGCAAAGAAAUUACCUACUAAAGGAAAGAAGAAAUAAAUACAUUAAAUUAUUGAUAUGUGCAUGUGAUUGUAUGGAUUAUAUGGAUAUUAGAAAAUAUCAAGGCCAAACGAAAAAAUAUGGAUAACGAGGUUAUUUUUAAAUAAAUUACAUUUAAGUAACGCCUGACCUAAAAAUAUUCUACCAUUUCGUACAUUGUGCAGAUUUUUUUUCAAUUAAAUAAAAAUUGUCUCGCUCUUCCAAAAAAAAAAAAAUUGCUUUUUGGUAAGAACGCGAGAAGCGAAAUUGCGAUAA